AUGUCUACCGCUCUAUUCACACCAAUUAAAGUCGGUGCAUCUCUCUUGAAACAUCGUGUUGUCCUAGCUCCUCUGACCCGUCUUCGUGCUGAUGCCAACCAUGUCCCUGUACCCUUGAUGACCGAGUAUUACCAGCAACGCGCUUCUGAAGGUGGCUUACUAGUUGCAGAAGGCACAUUCAUUGCUGAAGAUGCCGGUGUCUAUCCUUCUACCCCCGGUAUCUACAAUGACACACAAAUCGAGGCAUGGAAAAAUGUAACCAAGGCUGUACACAACAAGGGCGGAUCGAUCUAUCUCCAACUGUGGCAUGUUGGCCGUGCAACUGCGUCUAUUUGGAUUCCUGGAAAUAAAGUCCCUGUAUCUGCAUCGGCUAUUGCUAUUAAUGGCAAAAAUACUGCUGGAAUGGUUUAUGAAGCACCUCGAGCCCUUGAAGUUGAAGAAAUCUCCCAGCUUACACAGACAUAUGCCGAUGCUGCAAAAAACGCAAUCAGUGCCGGAUUUGAUGGUGUCGAGAUCCACGGUGCAAACGGCUAUCUAAUUGACCAGUUUCUUAAUACCUCAUCAAAUGUUCGUACAGACCAGUAUGGUGGAUCCAUCGAGAACCGCACUCGUUUUGCCUUGGAAGUUGUAGAAAGUGUUUCUAAGGCAGUCGGAGAAGAACGUACUGCAAUUCGCUUGUCACCUUGGUCGGGAUUCCAGGACAUGAAAGACGAUACACCAUAUGAGACCUGGGGAUAUCUUGUAAACCAGUUGCAAGAAAGACAUCCUAAUCUGGCCUACCUUCACUUUAUUGAACCUCGCGAUGAUUUUAUUGAUGGUGGUAAUCCAACAGCUGACAGAACAAAGGUUGUAGAGAACGAUAGCAUUGAGCCAUUCCGCAAGGCAUGGAAGGGCCCAUUUAUUACUGCCAGCGGAUACACCACUACUCCUACACGCGCAUUCGAAACUGCCGAAAAGUUGGAAAACACCUUGGUUUCUUUUGGCCGCUCAUUUAUUGCAAACCCUGAUCUUCCUCUCCGUCUUAAGAACGACUGGCCUCUCAAUAAGUAUGACCGUUCCACAUUUUAUACCAGUGGUAGUGUUGGAUACACUGAUUAUCCUUUCUAUAACCCUGGUACAGCUGAUGAUAAUAAGAACUGA